AUGACUUGUAACGACUGCCCUCGCAGCCUUUGCCAGGAGCAUGGGCUCCUGCGUAUUGACCUGCACACGCACAUCAUGCCACCCACCCUGCCAGAUCUAUCAUCCUACAGUUCCCGUUCGGACUCCGAUUCUAGCACCGCCGCCCCAUGGCUGACCUUACGUCCCAACGCCACAGACACCACCAAGCGAGACCUCUACAUCGGCGACGAGUUCUACCGCACCAUUGAACCCAAUUGCUACGACACGGCCACCCGCCUCGCGGAGAUGGAUGCCGCUGGCACCGACGUGCAAGUCCUCAGCACGAUCCCCAUCCUCUUCUUUCACGACCAACCCAGCGAGCCAGUCACCCUCCUGGCGCAGCACCUGAACAAUCACAUCGCCUCCCUCUGCCAUGCGCAUCCCACCCGUUUUCUGGGCCUCGCCACAGUGCCCCUCCAGAACAUCUCUGCCGCCGUCACGGAACUCCAGCGCGCAAAGCACGACCUCCGCCUCCACGGCGUCGAGAUCGGCACCGCCAUCAACCACCACAUCCCGCUCGACGACCGCAGCCUGGACCCAUUCUGGCAAGCGUGUCAGGACCUCGACAUGGCGGUCUUCGUCCACCCGUUGGGCUACGCCUGGCCGCAGGAGAACCCGGACCUGUGGUCGCGGUACUGGAGCGCCUGGCUGGUGGGCAUGCCCUGCGAGACCGCGCUGGCGAUGCACCGCUUGCUCUGUGCAGGGACCUUGGUGCGGUUCCCGCGGCUGAGGCUCUGUUUUGCGCAUGCUGGCGGCGCGUUCCUGCCGCUUCUGGGGCGGAUUCAGCGUGGAUUCGAGUGUCGGCCAGAUUUGGUGGCCAGGGAUGCGGCAGACGUGAGUCCGUUGGAGCAUGUGAUCAUGAAGGAAAACAUCUGGGUGGAUAGUUUGACGCACGAUGUAGAUUUGUUGGAAUAUGUGGUCAACAAGGUCGGGCUGCGGGGGGUCGUCAUGGGAAGUGAUUAUCCGUUUCCACUUGGGGAGCAGCCUGAGGCGGGGAGGAUGUUGGCGAGCGAGAAGAGAUUAGACAAGUUUUUGACCUGGAGGCAGAGAGCGGAGAUCUUAGCGGGGAAUGCGCUGAGAUUUCUGGGACUGCAUGAGGAUCCUGAGUGGAGGACACGUAUGGAGGAACAUCAAUGCGAGCAUGAAAGAUGGAAAGGUAGCCAUCAGUGUUAUUGA